AUGGCAUCCAAGAUCGUAAUUUUUUGUUGCGUGCAGGCUUUCCUGGUUCAGUGUGCGUUCAGCCGAAGUGUAGUGCGGCCUACCUACACCACAACUCCAUCUUUUGCCACAGUCACUGAGAGCACCGUUGUCGAUACAUCCGUCGUCGUUUCUAACAAUGCUGGUUUGGGUUUGGCUAACAAUGGCUUGAUUGGCUCCGGAAUUGGUUUGGCCAAUACUGGCUUGAUCGGCUCUGGACUCGGUUUGGCCAAUACUGGUGUCAUCAGCUCUGGUUUAGCCAACUCUGCUGUAAUCGGUAACACUUUGUUGCCUGCUCCCACUACUGCAUUCCUGGAUAUCACGUCAUUCUCCACCGGCGAUGUUUUGCCCAUCAACAGCUUCUCUCCCAUCGCUCCAACUGGCCUCACCGUGGUGUCACAGAAUACUAUCGAAGGACCUUUGGCGGUCGUUGGACAACUGCCGUUCUUGAGCGCUGUGGCGUUUGAGGGUGCGCUGGCGUCUGAAGGCGCGGGCGCUGCUGGUUGCGGCUGCGGUACCGCCGGCAACAUUGGCAUCAUCAAGGAGAGUUUCGCUCCCAUUGCAGCACCAGCUCUUGGUGGAAUUGGUAUCGGAGCUGCUGGACUCGGUUUGGGACCCGCACGCCUUCUGUAA